AUGCAAUGCAUGUGUUUUGCUAAAAUGCUAGUUUUACGUUAUGCUUUGAGUAAUCAAAGCCGUUUUCUUUCGAAUACUACUUCAAUAGCUAAUAGGUUCACUAGAGAAACUUUGAGAAACCGAUUGUAUAAACAAGAACUCAAAGAUGUCCAUAAUAAAAUAAGAAAGAAUGGAUUCCAAAACGUUAACAAUCCACAAGUUUAUAGUGAUGCUAUUUCUUUACGACCUCCUAAAGAUCUUUGGAAAGCUUUGGGAUUCACAGUACUGGUCGGGACUGGAGCAUUCACGGUGGCUAUUAUAUCUGACAUAAAACGGAUGAAAGAGAAAGCACGAGAAGCUGCAAGUGAUUUUUUCAAGGCAACAUUCAAAAGCUAUUACGAUGGCCAGAACCAAACGGAUAGUUUUGAGUGGAAAAGGCUAUCAGAAGGGGAUAAGACAGCAGCUCUGCUCAUUGGACUGAAUGUGGUUGUCUUCUGCUUAUGGAAAAUACGAGCCUUUGAACCACAGAUGUGGAGAUAUUUCACUAAUAGUUUUGCACAGAGAAGUCUAUGCUCUCCAAUGCUCCUCAGUGCCUUUUCACAUUCCAAUUUGAUACACUUGGCUUUGAAUAUGUAUGUCGUCUACUCUUUCACUAAUGUCGCUAUCGACAAAUUUUUCGGCCCCGACCAGUUCUGGGCUUUCUACGCAAGUGCUGCUGUAGCUUCAUCUUUCACAUCCCUUAUCCAUAAAGCAAUUGUCAAGUCUCCUGUCCGCGCUCUGGGAGCUAGCGGAGCUAUUCUGGGUCUGUUAGGCUAUGUUUGUAUGAAAAUUCCCGACGCAAGACUGAAGAUUGUGUUCAUACCUAACUUUGACUUUUCUGCUCAGUCUGCCAUUUAUGGAGUACUGUUGUUCGAUAUACUUGGAUUAGUCUUCCGGUUUCGACUAUUCGAUCAUGCCGCUCAUUUGGGAGGAACACUUUUUGGAAUGUUCUAUGCUAUGUAUGGAGAGCAUCUGAUUUGGGAGCAGUACGGUGGCCUGGUGGAGCGAUGGUAUUCGGGGCUAACAAAAUCUUGA